AUGCUGAUCGAAGAGUGUCCGAUAAUUGACGUCAACGUGAAGGUGUGGCUGUUCUGGUCGUACCUGCGGCAACCACGGCUGGCUCGCUUCCUGGUCGGCUGCAUUCCAGUGGCCAUCCUGAACCUGUGUCAGUUCCUCAAACUCUACUCCUCAUGGGGUGACAUGAGCGAGCUCAUCAUCAACGGAUAUUUCACCGUGUUGUACUUCAAUUUGGUCUUGCGAACGUCCUUUCUCGUGACCAACCGGCGGAAAUUUGAGAAGUUUUUCGAAGGCGUUGCCGCGGAGUACGUCCAACUCGAGAAAAACAACGACAUCCGACCCGUGCUGCAGCAGUACACCCGCCGAGGGCGCAUGCUAUCGAUUUCGAACCUGUGGCUAGGCGUCUUCAUUAGUGCCUGCUUUGUGACCUAUCCUCUGUUUGUGCCGGGGCGCGGUCUACCAUACAGCGUCUCGAUACCGGGCAUAGACGUGCUCGCCUCGCCGACCUACGAGGUCCUGUUUGUGUUGCAGGUUUACCUCACCUUUCCGGCUUGCUGCAUGUACAUUCCGUUCACCAGCUUUUACGCGACCUGCACCCUCUUCGCGUUGGUCCAGAUCGCUGCCCUUAAGCAACGCCUUGGUCGGCUUCGUGAAGCCACUCCUGGAGACAUUAGUCCUGGGGCUUUAUUUCGCGAGCUAAAGGCGUGCCUAAAGUAUCACAAACAAAUCAUCACAUACGUGCAUGACCUCAACUCACUCGUCACCUACCUAUGUCUGCUUGAAUUCCUGUCGUUCGGAAUGAUGCUUUGCGCGUUGCUAUUUCUGCUGAGCAUCAGCAAUCAGUUGGCGCAGAUAAUAAUGAUAGGGUCUUACAUCUUCAUGAUACUCUCGCAGAUGUUCGCCUUUUACUGGCAUGCCAACGAAGUGCUCGAACAGAGCCUUGGAAUCGGGGAUGCCAUCUACAAUGGAGCUUGGCCAAACUUUGAGGAACCUGUCAGGAAGAUGCUCAUACUCAUCAUUGCCCGGGCUCAGCGACCGAUGGCGAUCAAGGUGGGCAACGUGUACCCGAUGACAUUGGAAAUGUUUCAAAAGCUUCUGAACGUUUCCUACUCAUACUUUACUCUGCUGCGACGUGUAUACAAUUAG